UGAUAAACUUGGGUAGUAUCGUCGCUUGGAGCUGUCGUUGUCUCCGGUCAUAUCCUGAAGUCACUCUCCCUAUUUCGUAAUGCUUAUUGAGUAUUAUCAACAUAAGGUAACUUCUAUCUACGAAACACAGCAAAGACGUUGAUAGCAUCGUCCGUCUAUGGCCCCGUUGGUGUAUUGACUUGGAUAGCAGCACUGCUUAUCAUCAACGCUUCGCGCUUCUUCAUAUCGUCUACUCCUUCCAAGGCGUUUUGUGUCCCUUUCUACCGGCGCAGCUUCAGUGCGGCUCUAAUCUACGCUUCAAAAUGUCACUAGAAAACGGGUAUGGCAAAAAGGAUUCUAAACAGAGGACAUUAGUCGAAAUUGCCGCAUCAUUCCAAAAAAAGGUGAGCGGCGUUAAAGGACUCGACCGCACUGAUGACAUCCAAGAGUUCCACACCGCAAUCCGCAAGAGGCUAACGAAUGAGCUGGUGCCGGAAGAAGAGAUCAUCGAUAUACUUGACCAGAAGAACGCUGAUUACGGUAAACUCCUCCUUGAACCAGGCCAUUCGUCACGUAAUAUAUUUCACCAAGUUGCGGAUCGCCUAAGCAACUCGACAGAAGCAGGCGAGGAAGAUAAAACGGUUGCCUCACGCCUGUUCCUCCAGCACCUUGUCAUCAGCUACCCGAAUGUGCUCACAUUACAUGAUGAUGUGGACCUCACCCCCUUGGAGGUAUUAGCCAAGAAGAAAAAGUUCAUUAUAUUUCUUAUUGCCGGCCUUGUUGUCCCCGACGAGACCUUAUCGCAGUUGAGGCGCAAGUGCGACAAGGGGGUACCGAAAAUUAGGCCCAAUGCAGCUUUAAAACAAGAUGCAUCCCCUAAAUGUGACAUUAAACUUCACAAGAUCUUGAAGACGCGUUUUCGAAAGCCUGGAGAAUCUGACGACGUUUGCUUGCACCAGCUGAUCGAUGAAAAAAAGCUCGCUGAUUCAGAUAAGAUCCUACGACAGACCCUCAGAGAGAUAUUCCUGGGUGACACGUCGAGAGAUAACAGAAACACAUGUCUCCAUCACCUCCUCAAUGACGAGACUAUAUUUACCGCGGAGGACGCCCCCAGAGUGGUUGAGACUUUCCAGCGUUUGAUCAGACUAUGUCCCGACUCGCUGAUGAAAGUUUACGACCGAGACGGGCUAACUCCUCUACAUAAGGCUAUUCUUCUCUACAAACUAGAUAACUUCGACUUUGAGCUUCUCAACACGAUCAUCAAAGAACUAUUCAUGCGAUUGCCCGAGUCUCUAUACAAUAACGUCCAGGGAAAUCCGAGGAAAGUCCACUACAAUAAAUCUCCCUACGCGCUACUUGAAGAGAUGACACCGCCCUCUGGGUUUAACGUAAGAGGAAACAAAGCUAAGUGCCAUGCCGACAUCAAGCGGGUUUUGAAAUAUGCCUGCAUCGGUGGGGGUCGCACACGCGAACAGAUGAGAGAAUAUCUGUAUGGCGAGCAAGAAAAUGCCCCCAAGUUAUUUCUCGACCUAAACUACGUGAGUGGUGGUGUGAAUAAGAAAUACCUUGAGAUGAUGUCACAAAAAGUCAACCAAACUUUCGAGACGGUCCUUGAAUAUGUAAAACUGCCACAGAUUCAACAAAAGCCGAAGCACCUACUUAUAGCCGGGUCGGACAGCUCAGCUGUAGCGAGCAAAGCUUCGAGUGUUGUGGGAAAUGAAGUUUUAGAGGAGCCCAAUCCCUACUCUCAGGUAUUUGACUGGCUGCAUAGGAAACAAGGCGUGGAGAAGAUAUUUAAUGUCAUUGUUGACGAUCUCGGAGACAGAUCUCACAGCGACGAAGCCAUCGUGAAAGCGCUAAAGCCCUUCGACGUUGAGGUAUGGGACUGGAGGAAGUUUGACAUGUGCAGCAGCACCAUUCAGAAGGCUGCGCCAAAAGUGCGUCGCAUCUUCCUCCACGCCAGUGGAAAUAACGCAGUUCUUCGAAGCUGGUCUUGCAAUAGGGGACUCGUUCAGCUUAAAAAACUUGAAGAAAUCACGAUCACCAUGUAUCCAGAUAAACGCGAGUCGAUCGAAACACUGGGGGAAUAUCUGAAAGAUUUCCACGAGACCUUUUCCAAGAAUCGAUGUGACCGCCAGCCAAAGAUCACGAUCUUGGGUCUCGAUGAUCUAUCCUCAUCUCCACCUCCGCUGGACAGAACAGUAAGGCCAACUAAUACAGGUCAACAAUCCGAGGAUGCAUGGAUCACGAACCUCAUGCCGUUCCAGAAAGCGCUAGAGAACUGGGCUGAUGAUUAUGAUAACGACGACAAGGAGAGCUAUAAUGAGGAGGACAAUAAUGGGGAUAGUGGACCACGGGUCAAGAUCGCACUAAUCGAUAAUGGUGUCAAUAUUCGUCACAGGGAGGUUGGCAACAUAACGGCCGGAGAGUCGUUUUACGACUCGUCCUCUCCGAAUGGCUUCCGCGACUUCGUCGCCGAUCCGUCAGCCCACGGAACGCAGAUGGCUAUUUGCAUUCGCAAAGUCUGCCCCAUGGCGAAGCUCUACGUCGCUCGUCUGGAUGACUCUAAGGGUCAGUUUACGGUUGCGUCAGCUCUCAAGGCGCUGCAGUGGGCUACCAAGAUGAAGGUAGACAUCAUCUCCAUGAGCUGGACAUUCAAUCAAACGAGACACCCAAUUGAGAUAGAAAGAGCAGCGUUCAAAGGAGCGAUCGAAGAAGCAUCGCGCAAUAAUAUCCUCCUUUUCGCAGCACUUAACGAUGCAGAACCCGAUUCAGAUGUGGCUAAUUUUUACCCUGUCGGCCUGCCGGACGUCUUCAAGAUCGGCUCGGCGAAAAAGUGGGGUGCCAACGCCGAUUUCAAUCAGGAAGGCAAGUCCGACUACCUAUUCCCGGGCCAGGAAGUGGCGCUUGAGGACCCCGACGGAGAGACACUACACCCGUCCGGCAGCUCCCUGGCCACAGCGUUUGCGGCCGGCAUGGCCGGAUUGAUCCUCUACACGAUGAAGUUGCACUUAGUGAGCAAGGACACCGAAGUGCCCGAGCAGGAUAGGAAGAAACGGCUGGCGGAUGCCAAGACCAAGAUCGGCAUGACCAAGAUCUUUAACAUCCUAGGCGAGAAUCUGCCGAAGAACAUACCUAAAGACACCCCUGUGGCUUUCCAGAAGAACCACUUCCCACAUACUAUCAGCUCCCUUAGGGAGGAAAGGUUGAGGACUAUCCGAACGUUUUUACAGCGAAUCGCGCCUCCACCUAUUGACAUUUGAAUGAGAGGAAGUUCUGAAUGAAACUUGAGCCUUUCACUGGAAUUACUUGUAGAAGGAGUAUAAUGAUGUUUACCUGGCUUAAAGGCAUCUUGUUUAAGUAAGGGAAGGUACUUAAAGAAUAUGACAUUGGAAAACAGCAAUGAAUAUUCAUGGAAAUACUUAGAUACGCUUCAAGUAUUGUUCUGAUGUCAUUUGAAUACCCCUUUUUACCUUUCAGGGGUUAUUCCUAUGGUCACGUGGUAGCCCCUUUUCUCCCGCGCAGUUGCACUUUGCUCAAGCAUAUGUAUCAGCUAGACACAUAAGCGUCCGCACAAUGACCAAGUAAUUCUCAAUGAGUUACUAACUGCACUUAUUUCCUUAUGUUCAUUAAAACGUCCUUGAUUGCCUCGGUAGGGACUAGUAAUCUGGCUCCAUGAAACGCUUUAUAUCGUGGCCAAUCCCUCAAAUUCAAAAUACUUGGUCUACUUAUUUAAGUAUUAGUAUCGAUACUCAAAAGUCAUAGAUGUUUACAUAGGCA